CGUGCGAGCAUGCGCGGUGCGGCUGCAGGCAAUCACGGUGUGGAGGUGACCCAGGCGCCGACUCUAGGCCUCACAGCCCGUGUCUCUCUCUCUCUCCCUCCUUCCCGGCUGUGUGUGGUGUGAACCGGCUCGGCAAUGGCCGCCAGGCUCUUGGAAACCAUCGGGAAGCUCGGCCUCGGAGUGGCCCUCGCCGGAGGGGUCGUCAACUCGGCGCUUUAUAACGUUGAUGCCGGACACAGAGCUGUGAUAUUUGAUCGGUUUCGUGGGAUUCAGGAGCUGGUGGUUGGAGAAGGGACCCACUUUCUUAUUCCAUGGGUACAAAAACCAAUCAUCUUUGAUUGCCGCUCCCGGCCACGGAAUGUUCCAGUUGUCACUGGUAGUAAAGAUUUACAGAAUGUAAACAUAACACUGCGUAUCCUGUUCAGACCAGUGGCUGACGAGCUUCCUAGGAUUUACACCAGCAUUGGUGAAGAUUAUGAUGAAAGAGUCCUUCCGUCAAUCACAACAGAAAUCCUGAAGUCUGUAGUAGCCCGGUUCGAUGCUAGUGACCUGAUCACACAGAGAGAGCUGGUGUCCAGGCAGGUCAGUGAGGACCUGAAUGAGAGAGCUGCCACUUUUGGACUCAUCCUGGAUGAUGUGUCUCUGACUCACUUAACCUUUGGCAAAGAAUUCACUGAGGCUGUUGAGCUGAAGCAGGUAGCACAGCAGGAAGCCGAGAGGGCCAGGUUUGUGGUGGAAAAGGCCGAACAGCAGAAGAAAGCAGCCAUCAUUUCCGCAGAGGGAGAUUCCAAAGCAGCCGAAUUAAUCGCCAAUUCUUUAUCCCACGCUGGAGAGGGUCUGAUUGAGCUCCGCAAACUUGAAGCAGCUGAAGAUAUCGCCUACCAACUCUCUAGAUCCCGUAACGUAACCUAUUUACCAUCCGGUCAGUCCACAUUGCUCCAGCUCCCCCCACAGUAACAAGUCAUUUAGUCACAAAAUAUCUUAAAAGUGUGUAAGUAAACGCAGCUGAAUUGACAUUUUAUAGAACACGUUCCCUCAAUGUGACAUUUGAUGUAGGAAAAAGAUGUGGGAUUAGAAGAUGAGCGGGAAAAAGAUGGUAAGUGAAAACUGGUGAUAUGUUUAAAUCAGAUUUUCCUUGACAUUGUCUGUUCUGUGCCCUGCUGGUUGGCAUUCAUUGCCAAUGCUGACUUGACCCUCAUUUGCAUGUUUUCCUCUGCAGCGAUUAACUUGGAUCAAAACAAGAUCAGGUCACAAUAAUAAUAAGCAAGAAAAUAAAAUUAGCCCAAAUGACCCAAGAUCCGAAUUCACUAACUUUUUUAUUUUUCUAUGAAUUUCAUAAUCUUAAAAGUGGAAGUCUCAGCAGUCUAAAACAAUGAUGGAGAAAGACUGCAGACUCCAGAUAAUCUAUCGAGUGGGUUUAAGUUACAGUUUGCAGUAAAGACUUACGUUUUAUGAUUAAAACGCUACAUAAUGCUUACUCAUUCUAGAAAUCUGGGAUCAAAAUCAAUGGAUGUGUGACGGAAUGUUCUGUAACCUUAUUAUGUUUCAUUAUCCAUCUGUAUGUGGUGACGUAUUUAAUUAUUGAUGUAACAGAUAAUACACAAGUAAUUUGAUAUUUUCUUUUUAGCCUAAAUAAACACACUGAUGCCUACUG